UGACAGAGCUCGGAGGGAGGGAACAGUACCGUGUUGUAUCUCUACACUUCUCUGUGUGUGCACACGUUAAACUCGCAGGAUUCCUACAACUCUCGUGUGAUAUCUGCUGUAACUCUGCAGGGACGAUCUGCUGCUUCUGCCACUUUGGAGCUCGUGUUUUUAAUCUUCCACGAACUUCAGAGGUGUUUCCAGUUAGCUGUCAUGCAGAACCCGGCAGUGACUGUGUGAAGGCGGACUGAGUGAACAGUGGAGUCUGCAGGUUGAAUGUAAAGAGUGUUAUUCCUCCAGCUGCUGAAUGUGAGGAAGAAACUCCACUUUUAGUUUCUUCUCUGAGUCUGAAGUUUCCUCACAGAGAGGUGGAGGGGGGAGACAGUUUCUCUCCUUCUCUACCUGGACUUGUAUUCUCGCUGUUGGAGGAUCCUGAUCAGCUGCAUGAUGUCUGACUCUGCCUCCAGUUUCCUGCACAUCGGGGAUAUCGUGUCCCUGUACGCCGAGGGGUCAGUGAACGGCUUCAUCAGCACCCUGGGGUUGGUAGAUGACCGCUGUGUGGUCGAACCGGCGGCUGGAGAUUUGGAGAAUCCUCCAAAGAAGUUCAGAGACUGCCUGUUCAAGGUUUGUCCUAUGAGUCGGUACUCGGCUCAGAAACAGUUCUGGAAAGCCAAACAAGCCAAACAUGAGAAGGACAAGAUCGCUGACGUGGUUCUGCUGCAGAAACUACAGCAUGCGUCCAACCUGGAGCAGAAGCAGAACGAGACAGAAAACAAGAAAGUCCACGGAGACGUUGUCAAAUAUGGAACUGUCAUGCAGGUCAACACCUGCUGCCAUGACAACCAGUUGCUCCAUAUGAAGAGUAAUAAAUACUUGACGGUGAACAAGCGUCUGCCGGCUCUGUUGGAGAAGAACGCCAUGCGAGUCACUUUGGACGGGACGGGUAACGAAGGCUCCUGGCUCUUCAUCCAGCCCUUCUGGAAGCUCCGCGCCAACGGAGACAAUGUGGUGGUGGGAGAUAAAGUGAUCCUGAACCCGGUGAACGCCGGUCAGCCGCUUCACGCUUCAAACUACGAACUCAGCGACCAUCCAGGCUGCAAGGAGGUGAACUCGGUGAACUGCAACACCAGCUGGAAGAUCAACCUGUUCAUGAUGUUCAGUGACCACAGAGAGGAAGUCCUCAAAGGAGGCGAGGUGGUGCGUUUGUUUCACGCUGAGCAGGAAAAGUUUCUGACCUGCGACGAGUACAAGAGCAAACUCCAUGUUUUCCUCCGAACCACUCUGAGACAGUCUGCGACCUCAGCGACCAGCUCCAACGCCCUGUGGGAGAUCGAGGUUGUCCAUCAUGACCCGUGUCGUGGGGGGGCGGGACACUGGAACAGCCUUUAUCGCUUCAAACACCUCGCCACAGGCAACUACCUGGCUGCUGAGGAGAACCCGGGCUAUAAAGGAGACAAUGCAGAGCCGGUAUCCUUGAUGGACAGUAGUCGGAGCGUCAAGCGCUCCCACGGUGAGAGGAUCAAGUACAAGUUGGUAGCAGUGGCUCAUGGGAACGACAUCGCCUCGCUGUUCGAGCUCGACCCGACCACGCUGCAGAAGACCGACUCGUUCGUACCACGGAACUCGUACGUACGACUGAGACAUCUGUGCACCAACACGUGGAUCCAGAGCACCAACGUCCCCAUCGAUAUAGACGAGGAGCGACCCAUCAGACUCAUGUUAGGAACGUGUCCCACUAAAGAGGAUAAGGAGGCGUUCGCCAUCGUCUCUGUUCCUGUGAUGGAGAUCAGAGAUCUGGACUUUGCUAAUGAUGCCAGCGCCAUGCUGAGCACCGUGGUGGACCAGUUCAGCCAGGGCUUCAUCAGCCAGAACGACCGCCGGUUUGCCAUCAAGCUGCUGGAGGACGUGGUUUUCUUCGUGGCUGACCUCAUCAACAGCGGCCAGGCGGUCCUGGACGUAACUAUGACCAAAGCCAACCGAGAGAGACAGAAACUGAUGAGAGAACAGAACAUCCUCAAACAGAUCUUCGGCAUCCUGAAGGCUCCCUUUAAGGACCGGGGGGGAGGGGAGGGUCCUCUGCUGCGUCUGGAGGAGCUGGCGGACCAGAAGAACUCUCCCUACCAGUACAUGUUCAGACUCUGCUACAGAGUCCUUCGACACUCCCAGGAGGACUACCGCAAGAACCAGGAGCAUAUAGCGAAGCAGUUCGGUGUGAUGCAGAGUCAGAUCGGUUAUGACAUCCUGGCCGAGGACACCAUCACCGCACUGCUGCACAACAACCGGAAACUGCUGGAGAAACACAUCACCAAGACCGAGGUGGAGACCUUCGUCAGCCUGGUCCGCAAGAACCGAGAGCCCAGGUUUCUGGACUAUCUGUCAGACCUGUGUGUGUCCAACAACGUGGCCAUCCCCGUCACCCAGGAGCUCAUCUGUAAAUGUGUGCUGGACCCCAAAAACCAGGAUAUCCUCAUCAAAACAGAACGUCGUGUCCCCAAAGAUGCGACCCCUGGUGUUGGUCAGGGAGAAUAUAUGGUGAUGGAUGACUAUGGAGACGAUGACGAGGUGUGGCUGGUGUGGACAGACAAGACAAACGAGAGACAGGAGAAGGGCAUCAGACAGCUGGCUCAGGAGGCCAGACAAGGAAACGCUCACGAUGAGAACGUCCUCACCUACUACAGGUACCAGCUGAAGCUCUUUGCCCGAAUGUGUUUGGACCGUCAGUAUCUGGCUAUAGAUGAGAUCUCCAAGCAGCUGGAUGUGGAGCUCAUCUUUCUGUGCAUGAUGGACGAGACACUGCCCUUUGACCUCCGGGCCUCCUUCUGUCGUCUCAUGCUCCACGCCCACGUAGACCGAGACCCUCAGGAGCUGGUGACACCUGUAAAGUUCGCCCGCCUCUGGACCGAGAUCCCCACCUCCAUCACCAUCAAAGAUUACGACUCCAACAUGGACGACAGCAGAGACAACAAGAAGAACCGUUUCUCCAACACAAUGGUCUUCAUGGAGGAAUAUCUCAACAAUGUCCUGAACGAUGAGCUGCCGUUCCACAAUGAGGAGAAAAACAAACUCACAUAUGAGGUGGUGAGUUUGGCCAGACAUUUGAUCUACUUUGGUUUCUACAGUUUCUUUGAGCUCCUCAGACUCACCAGAACCCUGCUGGGCAUCAUCGACUGUAGACCCAAUCCUGGAUAUGCCGGGCUCUUAUUCCAUGAUGAUGGAUCAGGGAAGAACGUGAAGCGCUCCAUCCAUGGGAUGGGUCAGAUAAUGUCCACCAUGGUCCUCAACAGGAAGCAGUCCAUAUUUGGAGGUACAGGAGCGAGAGGGGCGGGGGCGGUGCAUGACGGACAGAGAGGCAGUAAAGAUAGUAUCGACAAGAUGGACCUGACGGUGAUGGACACGAAGCUGAAGAUACUGGAGAUAUUACAGUUCAUCCUGAAUGUUCGUCUCGACUACCGCCUCUCCUUCCUGCUGUCCGUGUUUAAGAAGGAGUUUGUGGAUGUUUAUCCCAUGGCUGAUGCUGACGCCACCACUAAUAUGGAGCAUGCAGCCACCAUCAACCUGCAGCACAUUGGAGAGCAGGCUGAGGCUAUGUUUGGAGUCGGUAAGGGGAACAGUAUCCUGGAGGUGGAUGAUGAAGGCGGUCGUAUGUUCCUGCGGGUUCUGACCCACCUCACCAUGCACGACUACCCUCCUCUAGUGUCUGGAGCCCUGCAGCUGCUCUUCAGACACUUCAGCCAGAGACAGGAAGUGCUGCAUACCUUCAAACAGGUCCAGCUAUUGAUCUCAGCUCAGGAUGUGGAGAACUACAAGCUGAUCAAAGCGGAUCUGGACCGUCUUCGAACGCUGGUGGAGAAAUCUGAACUGUGGGUGGAGAAGAAGAGCUCAGGGGGAGGCGACGGGAAGAAAGACAAGAAAGACAAGAAGGAGAAAGGGGAGGGGGUAUCAGAGGAGGCAACGCCCAAGAAAGAGAAGCUGGAGAAGGGCAACGAGAACUACCAGAAAGUCAAAGAGAUCCUGGAGAGGUUGACUAAGAUGUGCAACAGUGGAGUUUGGAAGAAGCAACAGAGGUUGUUGAAGAACAUGGGAGCUCAUAAAGUCAUGCUGGACCUGCUGCAGGUGUCCUACGACCAGAACGAUCUGAAGAUGCUGGAGAUCAUCAAGUGCACUCACCUGUUCCUACAGAAGUUCUGUACGGGGAACCAGGAGAACCAGGCUCUGCUGCACAAGAACCUCAACCUCUUCCUCAACCCGGGGCUGCUGGAGGCGGAGACGGUGCAGCACAUCUUCUGUAACAACUACCAGCUGUGCAGUGAGAUCUCAGAGAGCGUCCUGCAGCACUUCAUCCACUGUCUGGCCACGCACGGCCGCCACGUUCAGUACCUCAACUUCCUGCACACCAUCAUCAAGGCCGAGGGCAAGUACGUGAAGAAGUGUCAGGACAUGAUCAUGACUGAGUUAACUAACUCAGGCGAGGAUGUCGUCGUCUUCUACAACGACAAGGCCUCCUUCAACGUCAUGUUGGAGCUGAUGGCGGAGAGCAGGGAGGGGGUCGGCGACAGCAGCCCACUCAGAUAUCACAUCUCUCUGGUGGAGCUGUUGGCAGCCUGUGCUGAGGGGAAAAACGUUUACACUGAGAUCAAGUGUACGUCACUGCUGCCUCUGGAGGACGUGGUGAGAGUGGUGACACAUGAGGACUGCAUCACUGAGGUGAAGAUGGCCUAUGUGAACUUUGUGAAUCACUGCUACGUGGACACAGAGGUGGAGAUGAAGGAAAUCUACACGUCGAAUCACAUCUGGAAGCUAUUUGAGGACUUCACAGUGGACAUGGCCAGGGUUUGUAGCACACGAGAGAAACGUCUCACUGAUCCCAUCUUAGAGAAAUACAUCAUCAACGUGGUGUUCGACACCAUCAACGCCUUCUUCAGCUCCCCUUUCUCUGAAAACAGCACUUCCCUGCAGACUCAUUACACCAUCGUGACUCAGCUGCUUCAGUCGUCUGUCCGACUGCUGGACUGUCCCUGGCUGCAGCAGCAGAACCGAGGACAAGUGGAGACCUGCAUCAAGACCCUCGCUAUGACAGCGAAGAGUCGUUCCAUCGGUCUUCCUCUGGACCUGGAGGCUCAGAUCAGCUCCAUGUUGUCCAGUUCUGCUCUCAACUCUCUGUCCCGCUCCAACCCCAACUACAAAUCCUCCUCCCGCUCCUCCAGACCCAUCGCUACCAGCAACCCCUGGGACUACAAGAACAUCAUCGAGAAACUGCAGGACAUCAUCAACACUCUGGAGGAGCGUCUGAAGCCGCUGGUGAAUGCCGAGCUAUCUGUGUUGGUGGACGUCCUCCACCAGCCGGAGCUGCUGUUUCUGGAGGGAACUGACGCCCGACAGCGCUGCGAGUCCGGAGGAUUCAUCUCCAAGCUGAUCCAGCACACCAAAGCGUUGAUGUGUGCAGAGGAGAAGUUGUGCAUCAAAGUUCUGAGAACUCUGCAGGAGAUGCUGAUCAGGACUCUGGACUUUGAUGAAAAGGGAAUCUCACUGCGGAAGGUUUUGCUGCAGAACUACUUGUUUCCAAGCAAGAAGAACAACCCGAAGACCGACCUGGCUGAGCUCGGAGCUUCAGGUGUGGAGCAGGAGCGCGACUGGGUGGCUGUGGCUGCGGUUCAGUGUCGUCUGGACAGAGAAGGAGGAACGAAGCUGUUCACUGAUCUGGUGAUGAGCAGCAAGAACGACAAGAUCUUCCAGGAGAGCAUCCAACUGGCCAUCUGUCUGCUGGAGGGAGGAAACACUGAGAUACAAAACUCCUUCUACAAACUGAUGAUGGGCGACAACAAGUCAGAGAAGUUCUUCAAGGUUCUUCAUGACAGAAUGAAAGAAGCUCAGACGGAUAUAAAAGCAACAGUGUCCGUUAAUGUUGGAGAGAUGACGCACAAGGCCAACGAGAAGGAGCUGGAGAACGUACUUCCUGGUACAGUAGGUCACCCGCUGUUGGUCCAGAGUCAGUCCAUCGCCCCGGCAGCGUGCGCCCCCGCCCUGCCAGUUCAGCCAGCAGCAGAGCAGAGGGAGCUGGAGAUGGAGAUGGGACCAGCUGUGACCAUCAUGAAGCCGAUCCUGAGGUUCCUCCAGCUGCUGUGUGAGAACCACAACCACGACCUGCAGAACUUCUUGCGUUGCCAGAACAAUAAAACCAACUACAACUUGGUGUGUGAGACUCUUCAGUUCCUGGACAUCAUGUGUGGAAGCACCACCGGAGGCCUGGGACUGCUGGGCCUCUACAUCAACGAAUUAAACGUCCACCUGAUCACUCAGACCCUAGAGACACUCACCGAGUACUGCCAGGGCCCCUGCCAGGAGAACCAGACUUGCAUCGUGACCCACGAGUCCAACGGCAUCGACAUCAUCACAGCUCUGAUCCUGAAUGACAUCAGUCCUCUGUGUCGAUAUAGGAUGGAGAUGGUGCUCCAGCUGAAGGACAACGCCUCCAAGCUGCUGUUGGCUCUGAUGGAGAGUCGUCAUGACAGCGAGAACGCAGAGAGGAUCCUCUUCAACCUCCGACCACGAGAGCUGGUGGAGGUGAUAAAGAAAGCUUACCAGCAGGACAGUGAGUGUGAGGAGGUGGAGGUUUCUCCCCGUGAGGUUGGACACAACAUCUACAUCCUGGCUCAGCAGCUGGCCAGACACAACAAGGUCCUGCAGAACCUGCUGAAACCUGCAAAGAACAGUAAAGAGGGAGAGGAGGGGAUCUCCUCCAUGUUGAACCUGAACAACCGUCCUCUGUCCCAGAUGUUGAAGUCCACAGCUCCAGCUGUUGUAGUGGAGCAGGACCCACUGGAGUACUACGACCAGCUCACGUCACAGAUAGAGAUUGUUCGGGACGACCGCAGCAUGGAGCAGAUUGUGUUUCCUGUUCAUCCCAUCUGUGAGUUUCUGACCGAGGAGUCAAAGAUCAGAGUCUUCAACACCACCGAGCAGGACGAGCAGGGGUCAAAGGUCACGCACUACUUCGAACAAACCUCCUUCCUGCAUGGAGAGAUGGAGUGGCAGAAGAAGCUGAGGAGUAUGCCAGUGUUGUACUGGUUCUCCGGGAGGAUGUCUCUGUGGGGAACUAUCUCCUUCAACCUCGCCGUCUUCAUCAACCUCAUCAUCGCGUUCUUCUACCCCUACGCCUCAGGACAAGUGGGGGCGAUCGACGACUCCCUGCUGUUGAUGUUGUUCUGGAUCCUGACCGGCCUCUCUGUGUUGGGCUUGUUCUCUCAGCGUUACGGCCUCCAGCCUCUCACCAUCGCUCUAAUACUCAGAUCCAUCUACCACCUGGGCAUCGGCAACACGCUCAUACUGCUGGGAUCACUCAAUCUCAUCAAUAAGGUGGUGUUUGUCGUAAGUUUUGUGGGAAACAACGGAACGUUUAUUAUGGGAUACAAAGCCAUGGUGAUGGAUGUGGAGUUCAUUUACCACCUGGCGUACGUCCUGACCUCCACGCUGGGACUGUUCGUCCACGAGCUUUUCUACAGCAUCCUGUUGUUUGACCUGAUCUACCGGGAGGAGACUCUGUUUAACGUGAUAAAGAGCGUGACUCGUAACGGUCGCUCCAUCCUGCUGACGGCGCUGCUCGCUCUCAUCCUCGUGUACCUCUUCUCCAUCGUCGGCUUCCUCUGCCUGAAGGAGGAUUUCAUCAUGGAGGUCGACCCGCUGGCACAGAUCGCAGCAGCUCCUCAGCAGAGUGAAGCCUCUCAGGAUUUCCUCAAGUCGUGUUCUGCAGACGGAGUCAGCUGCACCACGGAGCCAGACGGUGUGACUGAAAAGGAAGAGGAGCCGACCUCGGAGCGAGCGUGCGACACCCUGCUAAUGUGCAUCGUUACCGUGUUGAACCACGGACUGAGGAACGGAGGAGGAGUCGGAGACGUUCUCCGCAAACCAUCCAAGAACGAGCCGUUGUUUGCGGCCCGGGUGGUGUACGACCUGCUCUUCUACUUCAUCGUCAUUAUCAUCGUCCUCAACUUGAUCUUCGGCGUCAUCAUCGACACGUUUGCCGACCUGAGGAGUGAGAAACAGAAGAAAGAGGAGAUCCUGAAGACCACGUGUUUCAUCUGUGGUUUGGAGAGAGACAAGUUUGACAAUAAGACAGUUUCAUUUGAGGAGCACAUCAAACUGGAGCACAACAUCUGGAACUACCUGUACUUCAUCGUUCUGGUGCGUGAGAAGAACAAGACAGACUACACCGGACCUGAGAGCUACGUGGCACACAUGAUCAAAAACAACAACUUGGACUGGUUUCCACGGAUGCAGGCAAUGUCUCUGGUGAUAAAGGACGGGGACGGGGAGCAGAACGAGAUGAGGAUGUUACAGGACAAACUGUCAACAACAAUGAAGGUGGUGUUGACCCUGACCACUCAGUUGACUGAGCUGAAAGAGCAGAUGACCGAGCAGAGGAAGAGGAGACAGAGGAUGGGAUUUGUUGACGUCCAGGGAGGAGGCAGCGCCCCGCUGCCACCGAGCGCCGCAGGAGGAAACCACCAGAUAUACAAAACAUAAAGAGAGAGACUGCUGAAGAUCAGACGUGAAACACAACAGAUCCUCCUCUGUGAACCAGCUGGACUGUUCCAACGGAGAUAAUCCUUCACAUACUUAUCAUGAAGAGAAACACUAGAAUAUAGCUGUAAAACUGAUGUGUCAUUUCACUAAAAGCACAUUUUCUUAGUUAGUUUUUAAUGUCUGGCUGUUCCAACGUGAAUAAUAUCUGCAUCACCGAUGGACAGAGUGGCCAUUUCUGUUUAAAAAUAAAAGACAUGUUAGCAUCUCAGUUUAGUUUGAUUCCUUUAAAUAUGUUGCUGUUAAGCACAGAAAACCUAUGCAUGGACAAUACAGACACAUUGUUUUAAUAAGCAGAAAUCUGUUAAAUGAGUAAUUAUGUUUUCUGUCGAUCAACCUGGGAGUUUCUGAUACUCAGUUCCCACAACAACCAAUAGAAAUUCUUGAAAAUGAGCAAAAUAAUGAGCAGAAAUCAGAAUUAUUGAACCAAAUACUCAAACUUACAAUUGAAAUAUUAACUGGUGUAAUUUAUGGUUUAGAACAAAAACACUUUGGGAAUCCUGAGAGGGAAUCGAAGGAUCACAGACUUCCUGGUUGGAGAACUACCACCUAUUCAGUGUAAUAGAAAAUGCUAGUGUGUGUGUGUGUAUGCGUGUGAGUGCGCGCGUGCGUGCGUGUGUGUGUGUGUGUGUGUCUGUGUGUGUGUGUGUGUGUGUGUGUGUUUGUGUGUGUGUGUGCGCGUGCCCAGAAUAACUGGGCAUCAACUCACUUUAGUCAUAAGGAAAUGUAAACAGACCAACCAUGUCAGAAUGAACUAUUUCAGUCUUUCUGUUUGAAUGUGAGGUGAGUUGAAACCAGUUGUGUGUUUUUCAUUGUAAAUCUGGGGAAAUUGUAGUUUUUAAGAUAUAUUAUUAUAGUAAUGGUGUUUGUUUUUAACACUGUAACUAGCUCAGUACAGACACUGGAUUAUAAGUGAGCUGCUUUUAGAAAGUUUGUGAACAGAAAAUAAAAUGUUUUUUCUCAAUGAGAAUAGACGGGUACACAGAGUGUGGGGGGGGGGGGGGGGACGUGUAAUGAAGACCACACAUCUUCAAUAAAACCUUUACUAUGAAGAACAAGAAGCGUGGUUUUGUUACAUACACUUCAAUUUAAAGAGGUAGAAACACAAAGACUACAGUGAAGUGGUUAUUAGUUUUUUCGACAUACUAUACUAUGACUUUUUACAAACCAUAUCUAUGAAUGUUUUUGUAUGACAAACUAUAUUACGACAUUUUUCGAAUUUUUCGAAAUAAUAUAUUAAGACUUUUUUUCAAAUUGUGACACUAUACUAUGACUGUUUUGCCGGCAUACUACAGUAUGACUUUUGAAUUUUUGGAGAUACUCUACUUUGACUUUUUUCUAAUUUCUCAACAUAUUACACCCACAGAUGACACCCAUCUCCUUCACCCUCCACACUGUCCUCUCCCACAUCAGAGGAACACAUGUGACAGUUCAACAUUUAACACCAUUGUUCCCUCCAAGCUCGUUAUUAAGUUCAGGGACCUCGGGCUCACCAUUGUCCUCUGUGGCUGGAUCCUGAAUUUGCGGAUUACAGGAGGACACGCCCCCCCCCCCCCCUCCAUCACCAUCACCAUGACUAUGGUGGACAGUCAGCAGCUUCAGGUUCCUCUGGGUUCACUUCAGUGAGGAUCUGACCUGGACUCAUCACACCAGUAUCAUCACAAAGACAGCGGCUCGUUCAACAUGGACUUCAGGAUACUCUGCAACUUCUACAGGUGCACAAUGGAGAGCAUCCUGAGCGGCUGCAUCUCUGCCUGGUGCGGCAGCUGCACCGCCCUCAACCGGUGCAGGGAGAAGGCCCACAGCAUCACUAAAGACCCCCGUCACCCCACCAAACUACAUCGAGGCCAAGGCGGCUUACAUCUGUUUAUUCCACAUAUUGAUAUAUUAUUACAGUAUACAAUAUUUUAUUCCACUGUACAGUAUUUAAAAUGUUACCGUCUGUUUUGUCUUGUUCUAUUUGUAUAUAUUUGCCUUAUUCCUGCAUUUUACUUGCACAAUUUUAUUUCUUUAUGUCUGAAGUGUAUGUUGUGUUGUUGGAGGAGCCUGGGACUUGAGAAUUUCAACUGCCCUGUAGUUUUUGUGCAUAUGACAAUAAAGAUUUUGAAUCACAA